CAUUUUCCAACCAAAAUUUGUUACAAGAUAUAUUCAUUAAUUAAAAUGUAAAAAAUCAAAUUAUUCGUUCUUCUAGCUUUAGCAGCCACAUUAGCAAUGUUUAUGUACUAAUAUGCACCUUUGGAACAAUUUUAUGUAUUAAUGAUAUAAUAUUAUAGAAUUUGAGAAAACUAUCUCAUGAAACAUACACCAAAGGAGAAGCCAAUUACGACUUUUGCAUGUAAUUAUGUACAAGCAAAGGAGGAGUUAAUUGUGGUGGAAAAAGAAAAGGUAUUCAUAUUCGUUUUUUAUAAAAUUAAAGGUUGUUGUCAACCAAGUGCUUGUAGUGCUAACAAAAUUUAUGGAUAUGAUGAAUGUGCUAAAGGUUAAUCUGUAAGACUUGGUACUGAUAGAUGCAUAGGUAGUUGGGAUUGAAUUAAUACAUAAAUUUACAUAAAUUUCU